GGGUAGCUCACACCCACUGGAGUCUCAGCUUUCCAGCCUCACAACCGACACAGAUGUUUGACAUUGCGGAGCGCACAGUCCGAUUGUGCGUAAGAGCCAGUUUGUGUGUGUUGACUGUCAGGGACUCUAUGCCCUACUUUUACCGACGGAUGCUGCGCUAAGAGGAGGAGUGGGAGUAUCCCAGAAUGCCCUUGUAGCCGGAGAUGGAUGCUGCGGCUGCUGCUGCUGCUGCUGUUGCAGCCUGUCACUACACAACAGCCUAUGCUGCCAUUUCCAGUCGGCAACCUUCCUCUCCCUUGCAGGUCGACCGCUAGUGUGACCGUGUGGCGCUGCGGCGAGAACAACUCCGCCGCUUCAGUCCCUGCUAAUUUGCGGUACACACAGCUACAUCAUCUACAACCAAUACCGACUUUGCCGUCACUGUUUCCUCGGUGUGACGAGGAGAGGGGGUCCACUGCCGGAGCAUGGACCCCCUGGCCAAACCCUGCCCGUCACAGGCAGACCGAAGCUCUCAGACCUUCGGCAAUAGACUAACCUCUCUGGGAGCCACCGGUGGAGAGGCGAACGAUCGAGGCUGCAGGGACGAGGCAAUGGGAGGCGGUGAUACUUUGAGCAGCUUUCCCGACAUGGAAGAGUCACUAGAGGAGAAACUGAAGGGUCUGGCUUUCAGGAAACAGACUUCGUACAGGAAGGCCAUCUCGCGGUCCGGGCUGCAGCACCUGGCGCCCAUCCAGAACGCCCUCCCUGCCCUGAGCAACGGGCCCGCCAAGGAGCUGCGCAGCACGGUGGACUGGAGCGAGAACGCCGUGAACGGGGACCACCUGUGGCUGGAAACCAACUGCUCUGGAGACCUGUGCUACCUGGGAGAGGAGACCUGCCUGGCCAAGAUAGCAAAGUCGGCCCCCCGGAGGAAGUGUGCGGCGUGUAAGAUAGUGGUCCACACCGCUUGCAUGGAGCAGCUUGACAAGAUCAACUUCCGCUGCAAGCCCACCUUCAGAGAGGGGAGCUCCCGCUGCCUGAGGGACCAAAACAUCUUGCGACACCACUGGGUUCACCGGCGCCGCCAAGAGGGAAAGUGCAGGCAGUGCGGAAAGAGCUUCCAGCAGAAGUUCUUCCACAGUAAGGAGAUUGUGGCCAUCAGCUGCUCCUGGUGCAAGCAGGCGUUCCACAACAAGGUGACGUGCUUCAUGCUGCACCAGAUCGAGGAGCCGUGCUCGCUGGGGGCCCACGCUGGGGUCAUAGUCCCGCCCUCCUGGAUCAUCAAAGUCAGGAAGCCGCAGAGCUCUUUUAAAAACUCGAGCCGAAGGAAAAAACGGACGUCGUUCAAAAGAAGGACCAGCAAAAAGGGAACCGAUGAAUCCAAGUGGCGUCCGUUCCUGCUCAAACCCCUCCCCUCGCCGCUCAUGAAGCCCGUGCUGGUCUUCGUCAACCCCAAAAGCGGAGGAAACCAGGGUACCAAGGUGCUGCAGAUGUUCAUGUGGAUCCUGAACCCGCGACAGGUUUUCGAUCUCUCUCAGGGCGGACCCAGGGAAGCGCUGGAGCUGUACAAGAAAGUGCCAAAUCUACGCAUCCUUGCCUGCGGAGGAGACGGUACCGUGGGCUGGAUCCUGUCCGCGCUGGACGAGCUACAAAUGAACCCCCAGCCCCCCGUAGCUGUGCUUCCUCUCGGGACAGGAAAUGACCUCGCGCGGACCCUCAACUGGGGAGGGGGUUACACGGACGAGCCCGUGUCUAAGAUCCUGUGCCACGUGGAGGACGGGACCGUGGUGCAGCUGGACCGCUGGAACCUGCAGGUGGAGCGGAGCCCCGCCCACCCGGAGGAGGGAACCCAGAAGCUCCCUCUGAAUGUGUUCAAUAACUACUUCAGCCUGGGCUUCGAUGCCCACGUCACACUGGAGUUCCAUGAGUCCAGAGAGGCCAACCCCGAGAAAUUCAACAGCCGCUUCCGGAAUAAGAUGUUCUAUGCAGGGGCAGCUUUCUCAGACUUCCUCCAGAGGAGCUCCAGGGACUUGUCCAAGCACGUCAGAGUUGUGUGCGACGGCACAGACCUCACACCCAAGAUUCAGGAGCUGAAGUUCCAGUGCAUUGUCUUCUUGAACAUUCCCAGGUACUGCGCGGGCACCAUGCCCUGGGGCAACACGGGCGACCACCGCGAUUUCGAGCCGCAGCGCCACGACGACGGCUGCAUCGAGGUCAUCGGCUUCACCAUGGCGUCCCUGGCGGCGCUGCAGGUGGGGGGCCACGGCGAGAGGCUGCACCAGUGCCGGGAGGUGACGCUCACCACCUUCAAAACCGUCCCCGUGCAAGUGGACGGGGAGCCGUGCCGCCUGGCCCCCUCCACCCUGCGCAUCUCCCUCAGGAACCAGGCCAACAUGGUGCAGAAGAGCAAGAGGAGAACCUCCGUUCCCCUGCUCAACGACAUUCAGAAAGUCUGCGCAGCCGACCUGCGCCGUCUGUCCGCUCCCCCUGACUCCUUCUCCGUCCCCCACUCCGUCCCGGAGCGUCUGCGACUGCGCGUCAACCGCAUCAGCCUGCAGGAGUACGAGAAGCUGCAGUUCGACAAGGAGAGCCUCAGAGACAUCUCGACUCCCGUGGGCAUCGUGGUGGUGAGGGGGGACUGCGACCUGGAAACCUGCAGGCUGUACAUCGAUCGGCUGCAGGAGGAUCUACACCAAGCUCCCUCUGGUGCCCAUAGAGUGCAUUACCAGGAUGAGACGAGAGGUCUGCCCCGCCCUGGCUCCGCCCACAGGCUUUCCCCAAACUGGAGUUUCUUGGACUCUACAUCUGCUGAUCGUUUCUACCGCAUUGACAAGGCUCAGGAGCACCUGCACUUUGUGACCGAGAUCUGUCAGGACGAAGUCUUCAUCCUGGACCACGAGGCCCCUGCAGGGGGUGCGCCGGGGAUGCCAGACCUGGUGGUGGAGCCCAGUUCCGGACCGCCCCUGACCACUGAUGAACAAGCCCUUCUGACAGCUGCUAGCAAUGGGAACCUGCAGCUGUUCUCCAGCUCCUGGGCUCGUGGGGUCAGUCUGCUGGUGAGGACCUCUGGGGGCUGUUCAGCACUGCACCUGGCUGCCCAGCAGGGACACAUGGAGAUAGUGAGCUUCAUCCUGGAGCACGCUUCCAAGUUGAUCCUGGAUUUGACGGACAGUGAAGCAGGGGAAACCGCCCUGCACAAAGCCGCCUCCCAUCGGCAGCAGGCCACCUGCCAGCUGCUGGUAGACGCUGGAGCGUCUCUCUCCAAGGCCAACUUCCAGGGUAAGACACCGAAAGACAAGGCCCAGGAGUCCGGGGACUCUGAUCUGGCCUCCUUCCUGGAGAGCCGGCAGCAGCACCAGACCAUCUCCCACGAAGACCUGGAGACUGCAGUUUGAGGGCCUGGACUCUCCACACCCCGCGAGCGAGAGAAAGAGAGAAGGGAGAGGAGAGAGACGGAGCGCUGAAGGGGGCCAGGAAACAACACGGCCCCUCCUGCCUCGGACAGCAUCCGCACAGGUGGAAACUACCCCCCUGGGGGGGGGCGAGGCCUUGCGGAGCGGGGGAGAGCGCAGGGCCAGGGGUGCAUCCACAACCACUGCCGCUGAGGAGGGCUGCUUUUCCUCUGUUCGUGCUCCCGAAAAACAACACGGUUGUGAGGGGAGAGAGACGUGUUACCGACAAUUUGUUUACUGUCACUGUUUCAGUAGCUGCGACGAUGGGAAUGUUUUUUUUGUUUUUUUUUUUUGCGUUGUGUAUUUAUUUAUUUGUUUAUUUAUUUAUUGAUUGACUGAUUUAUUUAUUGAAUGAUUGAUUGUAAUAGGGUUGCAGGGGAUUGGUCCAAAUAAAAGUCUGGUCAUUCGUUAUAGUUGGUGGCCCAGAAAGAAACCUAGGUCUGGCUGCAUGUGGAGCUUGGGGAAGGCAGACAAGCUUUUACUGAUUGCCACAGAGAAGGCCUAAUCAAGACUGUACCCAGGAAGCACCAAAACCAGCGCGCUUCAGUCAUUUUAACGAACCUUACUGAGAGGAAUGCUGUUGUGUGCCAAAGACGCACUGAGCACUGAAGGAUUGGGGCAAUGCCUUCACCAGUGCUACUGUGAGGCUGUUACGUAGACUAUUAUUCCACCACACACACACACACACACACACACACACACACACACACCCUUUCACAUCCCACACUCCCUACCAGUGUCCCCAACCUUUUCAACACUGACCACUCACUGUUUAGGGUCAGGCUUCAAGACCUAAGCUACUCCCAACAGUACAUUCCACAUGCAUGUAGUAGAACAGCCUUUGGGGAUUGACAUUACAAUUAUAUUCUGAGUUGGUGUGUAAUAUUUGCAAGCAUACAAUAUAUACAGUAUUAACUGGG